UAAAGGGGUGGCGUACGAUGGCGCCGCAGCCGCGGGUUUCCGAUCGCUCGAAACAAAACAAAAAAAGACGCAAACAAAUUGCGCUUGUUAGGAGACCGCGUUCAGUGAAGCUUCGUCUUCAGAACCCCAAUUGUAUCUUGGUCAUAAUUUCAAUGGCAGACACUGUAGAAGCAGCACCAGAAGAAGGUGUCAAGAAGCUGGCGUACAGUUUCCCCAUCGUCAGGCACACGGACAUGCCCGAGAAAAUGAAGGAGGAGGCCAUAGCGAUGUGCAUUUCAGCCUUCGAAAAGUGUGCAAACAACAAUGAGACGGCAGCAAAGACUGUCAAGGACAACAUGGACAAGAUGUUUGGCACAGCGUGGCACGUUGUUAUCGGAGAAAGUUUCGGCUUCGGCGUCACUCAUGAGGCGAAGCAUCUGCUUUACAUGUUCUACGGAGGGAGCUUGGCGAUUUGUAUUUGGAAGUGCUGCUAGCACCACCAGUUGGUCUUCUUCCUCCUCAUCGUUGGGCACAGACUACUAUCGAACAAUGAACUACCGUCUGAUAAUCAGAAACAAUCUUCCUAAAAGAAGGUGGCAAUGACGACAACUUAUUUGUUUACUCUUCAGCGUGGUUCUUCUUCACUUGAUUUCCGAGCGCCAGCAUUUGUUUUGUUUUCUCAUUAUCGCCAUCUAUGGUCUGGCGUUUAAGGUAGAACAAUAAAAAACUUGGCAAUGCUGUGACCACAUGCGA